AUUUGGUAUUUGUUGGUGUGUGCUUGUGCGUUGCUCUUGAGAUAGAAUCUCUUUGUUUUUUUUUGUCUCUUAUCCAAGUAAAUGACAAAAUCUGAAAAAAUGGAUAUCAAAAAAUUAAAAGAAUUCAUGGAAUUAGUAGGAAAAUUGAAGCAUGAAAAAAGAGCAGGAUGGGUAUUGAAAAAUGUGACUGAUGUUGAAACAAUAGCCGGACACAUGUACCGAAUGGCGAUGCUAUCAUUUUUAAUCGAUUCCAAAGAAAAUUUGGACAAGACCAAAAUCAUGCAAAUGACACUUGUCCAUGAUCUCGCGGAAUGUAUUGUUGGUGAUAUUACGCCACAUGAUAAUAUUGCUCCCGAAGUUAAGCACGAACAAGAAGAUAAAGCUAUGGAGCAAAUAUGCAAACUUCUUGGCAAUAAGGGACCAGAAAUGCUAGAAAUCUUUAGAGAAUAUGAAAAACAAGAAUCUCCUGAAGCACAAUACGUGAAGGAUCUAGACAGGCUAGACCUUCUUAUGCAGGCAUUCGAGUAUGAAAAGAGGGACAAAAAUCCAGGACACCUACAGGAAUUUUUCACUUCAAUUAAUGGAAAGAUAAGACAUCCAUUUUUAAAUGAGGUAGCAAAAGAAAUUAAUCAAGAACGAGAAGAAUUAAUUCGGGACUCUGAUGUUAGAAAAUGAUAAAAUUUUAAUUAUUGCAAACGUAUUAUUACUUAAAAAAAAAAGAAAAUAACACUAGGUAACAAUUUUAUUUAUUAUCUAUAGA